UUAUUUUGAGUACUUAAACACUUAUUUUUAUUCUUUAGAUUAUCCCCUUUUUUGAAUUGGACAUUCCCAUGGAUGGAUUGAAACAUAACACAUUGUAUGUCUAGCUAUGUCUUCAUUCGAGCUCGCAUGAGCACAAGAUUCGUGAUGUUUGAAUUUGAAGACGUAAAAUACGUAUUAUAAACAGUUUCGUCUCUUUGUGUGCACUGUCUAAGCCAUUUAUCACGUUCAAGCUCGUAGAAGCUGUUAAAAAACUAGAUAUUUGAUUCUAUUGUCUGUAAGAAUAUAAAUUUUUUUCUGCCGCGGCCGUGUAUAAAUUGAGAAUUGAAACGCACUCUAACUAUUUUGUUUAUACUCUGCCUUGAAUAAUUUCAACUUUUGUACAUCAAUAUGUACAUACAUGUACAUGAAAAUGCUUGAAUAAUACCGCAAACUAUUCACAGUACAGAAAUAUAUCAUAUCUUAAUCUAUGCGUAUAUAUCCAUUUGAGUUUUGAACAACGGGCAAAGAUGAAUACGAAGCAGCGUGUUAUUCUUCUUCUGUCCUUGACAAUAUUUGCUGAGAAAACGAUUGCAGAACAAUACAAAUGUCCAUUUUCUGCUUUGAACCAAACUAUUGACUGGAAAAGGUUCAGCAAAUUAAAGACAACAUGGUACGACGUGCUUACUAUUCCUAUGCUACUCGAACCUAUGGAUUGUUGGGAUUGGUCAGAUUUUGUCCCGCUGGAAGGAGGAGAAUUCACAACAAAAAUACAUCAAAAUCUAGAAAGCGGAAAUGGUGGGGAAUAUAUAAUCGAUUUUCAUAUGAAACCAAAUGCUGACGGAUCUUAUACCUUGGUGGAAAAAGAAGGUUCGAGAUCGAAAAUAGCAAACACAACCAGAUCUGCACUUUCUCACAUUCAAGAUAAAGAAAGUAUUGAGGACAUGGUAGCAGUAACUGAAGGUUUUGUUCUCUUGAAAUGGUAUUUCAUGACAGACUAUGAGAAUUACCUCAUUGUUGGAGCUUGUGGUCCAGGAUUUCAUUACCAAUCUUUUGCAAAGUUCAGAAAACAAAGACCAAAUUUUGUUGAUGUGGUUAAUACUUGGAACAGAUUUUCUGCUCUGGGGGAAUCCCCAAAUGUGGCACUCAGAAGAAAAUGUAUCAAAAGAAAACACAACUAGAAUAAAUAAGCUUACGGGUCUGACAAAAACAACUUGAUAAAGACAGCAUCGAAAUAUGUUUUUUUGGGGCUCCCGAAGUAUGCGAACCAAGAUGGCGGACAUCGGAAUGUAAUA